GUAAGCACCAGUAUCUGCGCCGUCAUGACCUCGACAUUGCCGCCCCUCGAUUUCGACGAUGGAGGACUCCGCAUUGUCCUGCUGCCCGAGGCUGAGACCUUGUCGUCUCCGCUCUCUCCAGACUAUUCCCAAAGCAAAGCGCCCCCAUCGAACACGACGACUCUGAGCUCUGCGCGGUACGGCGAGCACGACCGAGACGCGGGAGACUCCGAAUCCGAGGAUGAUGGUCAAGGCCCGGAGGAGGACGACGAUCGGGAUUCCGCUUCGACGCCACCGCCGCCAGCGAUCCCGGUUCACCCCAUCCCGGCCCUGCAGGAAGCCUUCGCCGAGUCGUUGCACGAAGUCAUGAGCGGUGUUGCGGUUGAGAAGCCCAAGUUGAGGGCUCUGGAUGCCCAGGCCCGCAGAGAGGCUGUGCUUUCGCAAGGGGUUGACGAGCCUGCCUAUGAUGCCCAGUGGAGGCUCCGGCCCGGGCAGUCACAGCACGAGUUGGCCAAGCUCAUUGCUCAGAUCUCGUUCGGUGUAUACUUGAUGCUCAACGGCAUGGCCAACAACAACACCCAGGUCGUCAGCAUCCUGCAGGGCCACAUUGACGAAGUGGACGAGUUUCUCGAGGUCACCAUUGAGGAUCUCGAGCAGGUCGAGUUGGAUCUGAAGAAGCGCAUUGAUCAUUUGAUGCUUCCCAUGUCCAACGUCACAGUGUUUGAACAGUUGCUCGAGGACCGCAAGUUCCGCAACGAGAUACUCCAGGGCAAUGAGAAGAUUGAGCACAUCCUGGCGAGGACCAAUGUGGCUAUGAAGCAGUGGGACGACGAUAUCGAAGCCGGCCUACAGACCAGCAAUCUUUUCAUCAACUGGUUGAACGAUCAGGCCGAAGGCCCUUGGCGAGAGAAGCAGCCAGACGUUAUUGAUAUUUUCGACGCCAUGAGCGGCAAUGCGGAGGGAUGGCUCAUUGCCUUUGAGAAGAUCAGUGACAGCACCGACGACAUCAACAGCCUCAUUAUCCGCCUGAUGAACAUCAUAUCCGAGAUGGAAAAGAAAGCCGGUGAAGCGAGCCGGAGGACAUGGGCCAACAUUACACCAUUUACAGCACCCCCUAUGCCUAGUUCUUAUGAUGUUCCGUCCCCGGAUAUCGAGUACAAGACCGUGCAGGAACAUAAUCUGCCUACCCCCAGUACUGUUCUGAGCAGUGAUUCAGAUCAGUUGACCAUCAACUCAAUGAUCGACGGAGACGAUACCAGUACCCUCGACUUUCCCUUGCCAGGAGGCCUACCGCUGCUGCCGCCAUUCCGUUCCAACCGCCACACCUCGAAUGCCUACGCCUCCAACAGCCCCAAGUCGGCCCAGCACUCGGUUGCCCCCAGCCUCGGCAGCAGCUCUCAGCAUACUGUCCCAACCACCGCCAAUACCUUUGGUUUCGGCAGCCCUAGACCCUCGCCAACGGACACGCAUGGGCGACAGGAUUCGAUUGCGAGUAGCGAACUGAGCGACCCAGAAACGGAGACACCUCGCAGUGAACGCGGGAGCGAGCCAGUCUUCCUUCUCCAGCCGCGCACCUAUACACCGCAGCCCCCUGCGCCGCUCCCUUCACCACGGAUCAAAGAUGCGCUUAGCCACAGCGCUCGCUCGGAUUCGCAAUCGACGCUCCAGUCACUCCAGUCGGCCCCGUUUACGCCAGCAGAUACACAGUCGAUGACAUGGCGCGACAGCGAUAUCGUGCAGAGGAGGACGUCCCUCCGGGAUCGUGUAUCGCAGAAGAUGGUUAUGCCCGGGGACAUACAGAUUCCUCCAAGGUCCAUAAAGGGCAUGGAAAUGUAUGCCCACUCGCCCGGCACGGCCACGCCAAAGACGAUGCGAUCCCACCAAUUUGACUCGGCGUAUGAGUCCGAUGCGGAACGCCAUGGUCGCCAUGCAUCAGGUGGCUCUAGCAAUAUGGAGAUGUCCCCUCCGCAGCUCAAUGUGAUACCCUCGCCACGUUCGGAUCGACAACGGUAUCGUCCCGUACAAGCCUCGCCGCAUUCCCCACUGCAGCAGAGGCCGCACACUGCUGUUGGACAUGGCCAGUCUGCCUACCAUGGCGGGCCGAAUCUGGUACCGCCUCACCACCUUCGCAGCAAGCCGUCCAACGCUGGACUGAGCACGCUGAGCAAUGUCGAGUCGGUGACGUACGAUGACGGGACGGCGCAAAGCAUGCGGACAUCCAAGACGGCGGACAACAAACAGCUCAAGAAGAAGAAGAGCAGCGCUUUCGGCUGGCUCAAGAAGGCAUUCAGCAUGGACGAAGAAGAGCGGGCAGCGUACGAGGCGCGCAAGGCCAUGCAGUACCAGCAGAGCUACUAUAACGCUGAUCCGCCAAAGUUUCUCGACGGCAAGAGGCUGCGGUAGAAUAUGCAGCACCUUGUC